ACCUCAGGAGACAGAGGGACUCAGGAGCGAAUCACAGCGUCGGAAACAAAACUGCCGGCUUUCAAAUCCUCCGCCUCCCGUAGCGCCAUCAUCCUCGGCAGUUGUGGCGGCGGCGGCGGCAAGUAGCGGCAACGUGACAGGCUGAACGCGGCGGAUCCUCGGUAGCUGAGCGGCCCAAUUUUCUCAACUGGGAAGGCUGACACAGCCUUCAACAUGGCAUCAGAAGACAUUUCUAAGCUGGCAGAGUCGCUUGCCAAAACACAGGUGGGCGGAGGACAGCUGAGUUUCAAAGGAAAAAGCCUGAAGCUCAAUAGAGCAGAAGAUGCUGAGGAAGUGAUUAAAGAGAUUGAAGAGUUUGAUGGCAUGGAAGCUCUUCGUCUGGAAGGAAAUACCGUCGGGGUGGAGGCAGCGAGGGCCAUAGCCAAAGCUUUGGAGAAGAAACCUGAGCUCAAGAGAUGCCAUUGGAGUGAUAUGUUCACUGGAAGGAUGAGAUCUGAGAUUCCUCCUGCACUGAUCUCUCUUGGGGAGGCCCUUGUUUCUGCAGGCUGCCAGCUUGUAGAACUGGAUCUGAGUGACAACGCCUUUGGACCAGAUGGGGUGCGUGGAUUUGAGGCGCUGCUGAAGAGCCCUGCCUGUUUCACUCUGCAGGAACUCAAGCUAAACAACUGUGGCAUGGGCAUUGGUGGUGGCAAGAUCUUGGCAGGCGCUCUGCAAGAAUGUCAUAGGAAGUCAAGUGCUCAGGGCAAACCUUUAGCUCUGAAAGUAUUUGUUGCUGGCAGGAACCGCUUGGAAAAUGAUGGUGCAACUGCUCUUGCUGAGGCCUUCCGGAUUAUUGGUACAUUGGAAGAAGUGCAUAUGCCACAAAAUGGAAUCAAUCACCCAGGAAUUACAGCCUUGGCGCAGGCCUUUGCUCUCAAUCCCUUGCUGAGAGUGAUCAACCUGAAUGACAACACUUUUACAGAAAAGGGGGCAGUGGCCAUGGCAGAGACCCUGAAGAAACUCAGACAAGUAGAAGUGAUCAACUUUGGUGACUGCCUGGUGCGUUCAAAAGGUGCUGUUGCCAUUGCUGAAGCUGUCAAAGAGGGGCUCCAUAAACUGAAGGAACUCAACUUGUCCUUCUGUGAAAUCAAGCGAGAUGCUGCUCUGAUUAUUGCUGAAGCUACUGAAAAUAGGUCAGAGCUAGAGAAGCUAGAUCUCAAUGGCAACAGCUUUGGGCUGGAAGGCUGUGAACAGAUUCAGGAGAUCCUUGAAAGCUUCAACAUGGCAGAGGUGCUUGGAUCCCUGAGUGAUGAUGAAGGGGAAGAUGAUGAUGAUGAAGAAGAUGAUGAUGACGAUGAGGAUGAGGAUGAUGAAGAAGAGGAGGAGGAAGAGGAGGAGGAAGAGGAAGAAGAAGAAGAACCUCCUCAGAUGCAGGAGAGGGGGCAGGGAGAACAAGAACUUUUGACACCUAAAAAAAUUUUAGAGACUCAUGAGUCCACGCCAGUGUCUUCCACUCUUCCUCCUGUAGACGUUGGCACGUUUCUUGCAUUCCCCUCUCCGGAGAAACUGUUGCGACUGGGCCCCAAGUGUUCAACCUUGAUAGUUCAGCAGACAGACACAUCUGAUGUUGAGAAGGUAGUUAUGGUUUUUCUGAAGAUCUCUUCUGUGUUCAAAGAUGAAACAACAGUGAAAACAGCAGUGCAUGAAACAACAGAUAUGUUGAUGAGGGAAGCCUUUUCUUCAGCUACCUUCAAUUCUGAUGCUUUCAUUACUAGCCUCCUGGUCCACAUGGGCUUACUCAAGAGUGAAGAGAAGAUCAAGGCUGUUCAAAGCCUUUAUGGUCCUCUGAUGACUGUGAAUCACGUGGUCCAGCAGGAUUAUUUCCCCAAGUCUCUUGUCCCAGUACUCUUGGCCUUCGUCACAAAACCCAACCGUGCUUUGGAUUCCUGUUCUGUUGCCCGCCACUUACUGUUGCAAACUCUCCAUCAGCUGUAACAGAUGAACAGCUGCCCCCAUCUUUGUCAUAAGACUGUCAGCAAAGCAUUCCAAGAUGGAGAGCAGGAAAAGACAAUUAGAACUUAGGAGUGCGACACUUGUCCUGUCUUGUCACCAGGAUGACUAGCUGGCUUCUGCGAUAACAAACUUUGAGGAACGCUGCAUUGUGCUUUUUAUGUUUUUGUGUGUUUUUUCUAUUAUUAUUAUUUUAAGCUCCGUGUUUCCAAAGCGAACUCUGCCUUCCCUGUUUUACCUUUUGUUCAAGUAGUUGUUGCUCAGUUAUCCAACACUUGUUUUGUUGGGACUUCUGUUUCCAAAUUCAGCUGCCGUCAGGAUUUGAAUCCGACUGAUUGUCUCAAGCUGUAUUGUUCAUCAAAGGACCCCCCCUUCUCUUGGGAUAGCAGCAGCAAAAUUCUGAAUCUAGCUUUAUUACAGUACUGUGCUGUGAACCCAACAUUAGGUUUGCAUUUUUUCUAGUUAUUGGCUAGCACCCAGGUAUAAAGCAAUGUUUCUGUUUCUGUUGUUUCUCUGAGAUUUGAGGUGUUGUAACUGAAUAGAAUGUGACAUAUAUUGCUAAAGGACAUUUCAUUGCCUGUUUAGUUCUCACUUUACAUUGAAUUUUUCCCACUAAUAAGGCUGAUUCUAGCAGUCUGCUGUUGUGAUACUGCUUUAUACACACAUAUGCCCAAUUAAAAUAGAUCUGGUUCAGGGUAAUCAAAAUCA